AUGAAUACAAGGCUCAGUGUGAUGAGCACCAUAAAGUGUUUAACAUGGAGCACACUUACCUUGAAGCAACUUGCCCUCGAGGCUCAACGCACCUUUACUGCUCUUAAAAGAGAGAUUGCUCGCUGUAAGGCUCGGCUCACACCGGCUCCACUCGAUCAUGGCUCAACUAGCAUCAGAGUGGACACUAAGUUGCCAGACAUCUCGUUGCCNGAAUUCAAGGGAGAGUACGCUCAAUGGCCUACCUUUAUCGAGCUAUUUCAGAGUCUCAUCUUAGACAACACUCAACUGUCAAACGUUCAGAAAUUACACUAUCUGAGGGGAUGUUUGAAAGGCCAGCCUGCUCAGCUCGUGUCUACUCUGCCGCUCACGGGAUGCUCGCUCGAGCAGUCGUUAAAAAUUUUGACUGUUCGAUAUGAGAACAAGAGGUUAACUGUUCAAGCAUAUUUGGAUCAGCUCAUGGAGUUAACUCCACUCACUCAACGGAGUGCCACUGGCCUGAACAAGCUUAUCAAUACUUACGCCGAUGUCAUCAAAAGACUCGAUACGCUUGGCGUUUCACGUUCGAAUCUUGGUGACGUCUUACUCGUUUACCUAGCAUCUAAGAUCUUGGAUCGCUCAACUAGAGAGGCAUGGGAGACGUCUCUUGGUUCUUCUCAGGAUUACCCAACCUUUUCUCAAUUGGAGGAAUUCUUAACCUCUAGAGCUCGAGCACUAGAACGGAUUGAAACAGUGCAUCCAUCGUCAUCUGCUACAAAGUCUGCUCAGCCUUCUCAUUCAACCCCAACCAAGAAGGCUUCAGCUCAUACCGCGGCGAUGCAGUCAACGGCAACCGCUCUCUCGAAAACGACAUCUUUUGCUCAAGGGUCAACGGCUCAUCCAUGCGACGGGUGCGCAGGAUCGCAUUACAUUGUCGCUUCUUGUCCGCUAGCUCAACAUUUCUCGACACCCAUCAUCGCUUAUAAUACAUGGAAUUGGAGGUUCAAGAACAACUCAAACACUUGGCGCUGUCAAGCUCACCUUGGAAUCUCUGCAUUUACAGGACAAGAUCGAGAUUCAUGCUCAUAUUUUAAGAGCGGUUACAUUGAUCAUCCCAUCGACAGAGAUCCAGAGUACUAUCAGCCACGCUCAGUUGACAUUAUUCUUGGUGCCGAUGUCUAUGGCCAGGUAAUCAAGCCUGACAUUAUCAGGGGUCACUCAGCAAUGCCCAUUGCUCAAUUUUCAAUUUUCGUGUGGUUGAUCCUUGGACCUACCAAUUCAGUUCGCUCAUCAUCCGUGCCCACCCACAAUGUCUCCGUUCAACGAGAGGAUGAAGUAAAGGAGUUGCUCACCAAGUUCUGGGUUCAAGAAGAAUUGCCUCGUGACGAAUCUCCAUUGCUCACACCUGAAGAGAAAGAAUGUGAAGCACAUUUUUGUGCAACUCACUCGAGAGAUUCAUUUGGACGUUACAUAAGAGACUCUGAGUACGGUCAGCUCUACUUAAAAUUCAUGACGGAGUACGAGCAACUGGGGCAUAUGAGACGAGUCCUGGCGGAUGCUUCACCUCCUGAGGUGACCUUAGCACGUGACGUUUCGACAUCAGGAGGGUUGAGGGCUCUGGGAGAACGGUCAUCCGACUGCUCGACAGCACAUUCUCCUUAUUACUUGCCUCAUCAUGGAGUACUAAAGCCAGACAGCUCAUCAACUAAACUCAGGGUUGUAUUCAACGGCUCAAGCUCUACAUCUUCAGGAAAAUCAGUCAAUGACAUCAUGCAUACCGGAGCCAAUCUGCUGCUCAAUAUCGUGGAUGUACUCACGUGGAUUCGUCACCAUCGCCACAUUUUUGCCACAGACAUCGUCAAAAUGUAUAGACAAGUUCGAGUUCACCAUGACNAUUGGGAUCUUCAACGGAUUCUAUGGGUAGACGAUCAGCUCAAUGAAGUCCCCUUCCACCUCACCACAGUCACGUAUGGCACAAGGGCAGCUCCAUUCCUAGCAANUCGAGUCCUUCUUCAGUUAGUUAGCGACGAAGGUCACCAGUUUCCUCUUGCAGUGCCAUCGCUCACUUAUGGUAGAUAUGUGGACGAUAUCUUCGGAGGUGCAAACACAGUCGAACAGCUCAUAUUUACAGCUCUACAAGUAAAAGACUUGUGCAUCGCGGGCGGUUUUCCGCUCUCCAAAUGGCAUGCAACACAAUCGGACUUGCUCACGGCAGUUUCAACGAGUAGCUCAUCAAGCUCCUUAUUAUUAGACGAUUGCACAACCAAACUACUUGGAUUAAAUUGGAUUUCUCAAGAGGAUAGAUUUGUAUUCUGCUCAAAGUUUUCGGACCGUCCAGGCAAGCUCACGAAACGCCUAGUUUUAUCUGAAGUAGCCAAGAUAUUCGAUCCGCUCGGCUUUGUCUCUCCGGUUGUGAUCAGGGCAAAGAUGUUCUUGCAGGAGCUGUGGCUCCACGAACUCAAUUGGGACAAUUCACUCCCAAAACAUCUCAGCGCGAAAUGGCUUCUGAUCAGGAACGAUCUCAAAUUGCUAGCCAGCAUAUCAAUUCCAAGGUGGUUUAACUUAUGGAGCGACUCAAGGGUAGAACUCCACGGAUUCGCAGAUGCUUCUCAGCUCGCCAUGGCAGCAGUCAUUUAUUUGGUGAUUCACUCACCGUCAACAGGCUCUGCGACUUUGUUUGUUUGCUCAAAAACAAAGGUAGCCCCACUUAAACGGCUAACAAUUCCAAGAUUAGAGCUCACAGCGGCGCUACUACUUGCUAAGCUGAUGGCUCAUGUUCACGCCACACUAAAGCUCGACGUAAAAUUGACUCACAUGUGGAUCGACUCGCAAGUAGCACUCAUGUGGAUUAAAUCACCCGCAUCGCGUUGGAGGGAUUACGUUAGAAACAGGGUGAUUCAAAUCCAAGAACUGUCAACAAAUUCCACCUGGUGUCACAUUCCUGGCGCGAUGAAUCCAGCAGAUUGCGGAUCAAGGGGAAUUUUGGCGGACCACUUGAUGAAUCACCCAUUAUUCAUACAAUUGCUCAAGCGCAAUCUCAUGUCACCUCCUUCUACGUGCAUAUCAGCUCAAGAACUCAACCAAGCAAUGCUCUUCUGGAUCAAAUCGACUCAAGCUACAUACUUUGCUCACGAGCUCAAGACACUCAAACAUUUGUCACUUCCCACUGCUCACGCGCUCUCCAGACUAACAGCAUUUCUUGAUGAAAAUGGCGUGAUUAGAGUGGGAAGCCGACUUAAGGAAUUAGCGCUCACUUAUCAAAAUAGGCAUCCAGCAAUACUGCCACGUCAUUGUCAGCUCACCUCUCUUAUCAUCGACGACGCACAUCGCACCACUCUACAUGGUGGUACGCAGCUCACCCUGGCAAAAAUUCGGCAAACCUACUGGAUUAUUGGCAGAAGAGCUCCAGUGAAAUCUCACAUAAUCAACUGUGUCAAAUGUGCACGACAGAGAGGGAUCCGCGCGAAGCAACUGAUGGCUCAGCUCCCGUUGGCGCGAGUCACACCUGCACGUGCGUUUCUACACACAGGUGUAGACUAUGCCGGACCUGUGCAGCUCAAGACACGAGGAUUAGCUCAUGUGCUUUACUCAGACUGUGGUACCACCUUUGUUGGAGCAGAUGCAGAGCUCAAGAAAUUGUUCAUUAAUUACUCAGCGGAACAUAAACUGGCCAGCUCCACCAUCGCUACGGAAGGGACCACGUGGAAGUUCAAUUCCCCGGCAUUACCCCACAUGGGUGGCAAGUGGAAAUCAGUUGUAAAAUCGAUCAAGUUUCAUUUGCGAAGAACAGUUGGUGAAACUCUAUUAACUUUUGAGGAGCUAACAACAUUGUUGAAUCAAAUAGAAGCAGUGCUCCACUCUAGACUCCUGGAGCCUCUCAGCGACGACCCUGAAGAUGUGUCCGCCCUCACCCCUGGACACUUUCUUAUCGGGUCCGCGUUGAAUUCCACCCCAGAACCCUCUUUGCUUGAUAUCUCGACAGCUCGACUUACAAGAUGGCAGCUCAUCCAACAACGACUUCAACAGUUCUGGUCCCAGUGGUCAGCUCAUUACUUACAACGUCAACAAUCUAUCUCAAAGUGGCAUCACCCGUCGAAUAUCAUCAAAGUUGGCUCAUUAGUCCUGCUCACAGACGAAAGAUUGCCUCCCAGCAAGUGGCCACUUGCCAGAGUGCUCGAAUUACACCCAGGGAAGAACGGACUCACACGAGUCGUCACGCUAAAAACUGCCACAACUACACUCACUCGUCCUAUUGUUAAGUUGGCGCUCCUACCAAUUGUCACGGAGAAUCUUCAUCAGCAAUCCCUUGCUGAUGGCGGGCGGAAAUGUUAA